AUGGAAGAACCACCGCGCCGACCUUCGCUUGAACGCAACCAGUCGACCCAGGAUGGGCCAAAGGUCCAAGCUGAUGGUCGAAUUGAGAUCAACCUGGACUCCAAGGUGGGCAGGGAAGUGUCAAAAUUGAUACCAUUUCUGCAUAAGGAAGAGCAUAUUGAACCACAACCAGAGCCUUCAGGCGAUGCGGGAUGUGGUCUCGAGCUCAACAUUGUAAUCCAAGUUGUUGGUAGUCGAGGCGAUGUCCAGCCUUUUGUCGCACUAGGCAACGAGCUUCAACGCCAUGGACACCGCGUACGACUAGCCACGCAUGGUGUGUUCGAAAAAUUCGUGCGGGACUCUGGUCUAGAAUUUUAUUCAAUUGGAGGAGAUCCCUCGGAGCUGAUGGCAUACAUGGUGAAGAAUCCGGGACUGAUACCACAGAUGAAGUCUGUCCAAGAGGGUGAUAUUCAACGCAAGCGUGUCAUGGUAGGUCAAAUUCUCCAGGGAUGUUGGAAGUCCUGUAUUGAGGAUGACUCUGUGACCAAAACACCAUUUGUGGCCGAUGCCAUCAUCGCAAACCCUCCAAGCUUCGCCCAUAUUCACUGCGCUCAGGCGCUUGGCAUCCCUCUACAUAUGAUGUUUACCAUGCCGUGGACCAGUACAAGAUCAUUCCCCCAUCCAUUGGCGAAUUUGAAAUAUUCAACCACAGAGCCGAAGAUGGCUAAUUACCUUUCGUAUGGGAUUGUCGAAUGGCUGACAUGGCAAGGCCUAGGCGAUGUCAUCAAUGAUUGGAGAAAAUCUAUAGACCUAGAACCUAUAUCAGCCACGGAAGGCCCCCGUUUAGCAGAAACUCUGAAGAUACCCUUCACAUAUUGCUGGUCCCCUACAUUAAUGCCUAAACCAGCGGACUGGCCGGCACAUCUCAAUGUCUGUGGGUUCUUCUUUCGCUCUCCCCCGGACUUUACACCACCCCCAGACCUUGACGCAUUUCUCCGCGCUGGGCCUCCGCCGGUGUAUAUCGGGUUCGGAAGCAUCGUUAUCGAGGACCCCCCAGCCAUGACUGCCACGCUCGUCAAUGCAGUCAGAUCCUGGGGUGGCCGUGCAAUCAUAUCCCGUGGCUGGAGUAAUCUCGGCGAAGCACAAUCGGACGACCAGAUCUUUUAUCUUGGAGAUUGUCCGCAUGAAUGGUUAUUCCAGAAGGUCGCUGCAGUUGUACACCACGGAGGAGCAGGGACUACAGCAUGUGGUUUACGAUUUGGAAGACCCUCUCUUAUUGUACCAUUCUUCGGAGAUCAGUUAUUUUGGGGAAAUAUGGUCGCGUCCCGCGGGGUUGGACCAAUGCCCAUUCCACACAAGUCUUUGAACGCAGAUAACCUAGCGGAAGCCAUCCGUUUUUGCUUGCACCCUGAUACCCUAGAAGCAGCUGGUAACCUUGCUCGUGAAAUGAGCGAGGAAGAUGGAGUUUCAGCAGCUGUUGCAUCUUUCCAUCGCAACUUACCGAUCGACAACAUGAAAUGCCAAUUUAUCGAUUCUGAGCCGGCUGUAUGGCAGUUAAAACAAAACUCAAAGGCCUUUAUAAUUUUAUCCAAGAUGGCAGCGGGAAUCUUGCUUGAAAAUUCUCGCAUUGAUAUAAAGGACCUCAAAGCAUACGGGAGUAAAUCGAUUUUUAUUCAGACUCGGCGGUGGGAUCCUAUCACUGGCGGCACGUCAUCCGUACUAGGCAUGUACAAGGAUAUCCUCACAGCAUCAAGCGACGUGGUCAUUCGCCCUUACAAAGAGUUCAGCCGCGCCCGUCAACAAAGCGAGCCCGAGCUCGUAGUCAUCGAGACUACGAAUCCCCAAUCCGAGCGAAGUCCAUCCGAAGGGAUCUCACGUACUUCCAGGACUAACCAAACAGACGAAGAGUGGAGAGUUACUAGAAAGGCAGUGGGGGGAUCCGCCAAAAGCGUGGGGAGGAUCAUAGCCUACUACUACAAGGGCGUUCUGGUAGACAUACCCGGAGCAGUCAAUGAGGGCCUGAGAGCUGUUCCUAGACUUUAUGGUGAGGAGGUCAAAGACUACGACAACAUCUGGGACUUCAAGUCUGGAGUAGCUGCCGCUUCAGAUAACUUUGCGCAUGGGUUUUCACAUGGGCUCACUGAUAUCUUCCGACAACCCUACGAGGGUGGCCAGAAAGAUGGUAUUAGGGGUGCAAUCAAAGGAUUCGUGAAAGGACCUAUUGGCAUGGGGACAAAAGCUGCGUCAGGUGCUUUGGGUUUAGUAGCGUAUCCAGGCCAGGGCUUGGCCAAAAGCUUACAUUCGGCUAUACAUUCCAAGACUCGCAAGCAGCUUGUCAAAGCACGAUUGGCAGAAUCUGAAUAUUUGGCUAGACAGUCAGCGAAGGCACAAUCAAGUUGCCCCGAUGUCAUUGAGGCAUUCGAAGCUCAACAACGGCAGCCUGGGAAUACUCCUAGUUCAACGGAUUCGGAACGAGCAAGUUCCCAAUGA